ACAAAGUAGUGCAAGAAAAGCAACAUCAAAAAAGCAAGAGGCAAAACAGCUAAAGAAGAUAAUAGAAUGAUGUGAAAAACAAAAGUUAUUCUAUGUCUCAUAUUAACGUUUUUUUUUGUUUAAUUUAAUUUAAUUUAAUUUACUCAUUCAUCAAACUAGUCUGUCCCAAUCCCAAUCUACCACGCCCAAGUCCUUUUCCAUUUAUUCUUUAUGGAGACACGCAAUUUAAUAUAGAAAAACCUCAAACUCCAUUUUUCAUUCCCUUCAUCAUUUCUUUCCACUGCAGCCAUAUAAUCAUUCAUAUUUCAUAGUACAACCAACAACUUUCACAGACAAACUCUGAUAUCUUACACAGAUUCAUUAUUCUCUUUCUUUCGUGAUCUCAUGCUUGUACCCUCUCUUAAAUCAACUUUAAACAACACUACCAAACUCUUAUAAAGGGAUGAUGGCGGUGAGUUCAGGGUGUAAAGAUGGGAGUAAGGUGGUGAUGGACAACGGAAAGUAUGUAAGAUAUACACCGGAGCAGGUGGAAGCACUUGAGAGAGUUUACCAUGAAUGUCCUAAACCUACUUCCCUUCGACGCCAGCAACUUAUUAGAGACUGUCCUAUUCUCUCCAAUAUUGAACCCAAACAGAUCAAGGUUUGGUUCCAGAACAGAAGGUGCAGAGAGAAACAGAGGAAAGAAGCGUCUCGGCUACAAGCAGUGAACAGGAAGCUAACAGCAAUGAACAAAUUGCUUAUGGAGGAAAAUGAGAGAUUGCAGAAACAGGUGUCACAGCUUGUGUAUCAGAAUACCUUUUUCCGCCAACAUACACAAAAUGGGACGGUUGCCACGACGGACACGAGUUGUGAGUCGGUGGUAACGAGCGGUCAGCAGCAUCCACCAAGAGAUGCAAGCCCUGCUGGACUUUUGUCCAUUGCAGAGGAAACUUUAGCAGAGUUUUUAUCAAAGGCCACUGGGACUGCUGUUGAGUGGGUCCAAAUGCCUGGGAUGAAGCCUGGUCCGGAUUCCAUUGGAAUCGUUGCAAUUUCUCACGGUUGCCCUGGAGUCGCUGCACGUGCCUGCGCCCUUGUUAGUCUAGAACCUGCCAGGGUUGCAGAAAUCCUCAAAGAUAGGCUCUCAUGGUACCGUGAUUGCCGAACUCUCGAUGUUCUGAAUGUUAUGUCCACAGGAAAUGGAGGAGGAACCAUUGAAUUGCUUUACAUGCAGUUGUAUGCUCCAACAACUUUGGCACCAGGUCGUGAUUUCUGGUUGCUGCGCUACACUUCACUUUUGGAGGAUGGUAGUCUUGUGGUGUGUGAAAGAUCACUUAACAACACUCAGAAUGGACCAACUAUGCCUCCGGUGCAGCAUUUUGUCAGAGCUGAUGUGCUUCCAAGUGGGUAUCUCAUUAGGCCUUGUGAAGGAGGGGGAUCAAUUAUUCAUAUUGUUGAUCAUAUGGUUUUAGAGCCAUGGAGUGUACCUGAAGUUUUGCGUCCACUUUAUGAGUCAUCCAUGCUGCUUGCUCAGAGGACAACUAUGGCAGCUUUACGUCAUUUGAGGCAAAUUUCUCAAGAAGUUUCUCAGCCAAGUGUGACAGGAUGGGGAAGAAGGCCUACAGCUCUUCGCGCACUUAGUCAGAGAUUGAGCAAGGGCUUCAAUGAAGCUGUGAACGGAUUUACAGAUGAUGGAUGGUCCAUGUUAGAGAGUGAUGGUAUUGAUGAUAUCACCCUUCUUGUGAAUUCAUCGCCUAGCAAGAUGAUGGGAGUUAAUCUUGGUUAUAAUAACGGAUUUCCAUCUAUGACCAGUUCUGUUCUAUGUGCCAAAGCUUCCAUGUUGUUACAGAAUGUUCCUCCAGCUAUUCUUCUAAGAUUCUUGAGGGAACACAGAUCAGAAUGGGCAGAUACAAGUAUUGAUGCUUACUCAGCUGCUGCCAUUAAAGCCGGUCCCUGUACCUUGCCAGGGGCCAGGGCAGGAGGUUUUGGAGGUCAGGUUAUUCUUCCACUAGCUCAAACAAUUGAGCAUGAAGAGUUCAUGGAAGUUAUUAAGCUUGAAAACAUGGGCUACUAUAGGGAUGAUAUGACAAUGCCUGGUGAUAUUUUCCUCUUGCAACUUUGUAGUGGAGUCGAUGAGCAUGCAGUUGGCACCAGUGCAGAGCUUAUUUUUGCUCCAAUAGAUGCAUCUUUCUCUGAUGAUGCACCUAUUUUGUCUUCUGGUUUUCGCAUCAUACCUCUCGAUUCUUGCACGGAUGCUGCUAGUCCGAACCGUACACUUGAUCUUGCUUCUGCACUUGAGGUUGGAUCCGCAGGAAACAAAGCAGGUGGUGGUGCCAAUUCAGGUCAUUCUGGCAACACAAAAUCUGUGAUGACAAUUGCAUUCCAGUUUGCAUUUGAAGUCCACCUUCAAGAUAGUAUAGCAACUAUGGCGCGACAGUACGUGCGCAGCAUCGUUGCGUCUGUUCAGAGGGUUUCAUUAGCACUUUCUCCUUCGCAUUUUGGUUCUCAGAAUGCUUUUCAGUUACCACAUGGCAUUCCGCAUUUUGGUUCUCAGAAUGCUUUUCAGUUACCACAUGUCAUUCCUGAGGCACAAACACUCGCUCGGUGGAUCUGUAACAGCUAUAGAUUCUAUUUAGGCGUAGAACUACUAAAAUGUGAAGGCAGUGAAUCCAUUCUCAAAUCCCUUUGGCAUCACUCAGAUGCAGUUCUAUGCUGCUCUUUAAAGGCAUUACCUGUUUUUACAUUUGCAAAUCAAGCUGGACUUGACAUGCUCGAAACCACAUUGGUUGCACUUCAAGACAUUACUCUGGAAAAGAUAUUUGAUGACAAUGGAAAGAAAAGCCUGUGCUCUGAAUUCCCCCAGAUAAUGCAGCAGGGAUUCAUGUGUAUGCAAGGUGGUAUAUGUUUGUCCAGCAUGGGGAGGGCAAUAACCUAUGAGAGAGCAGUAGCAUGGAAAGUAUUAAACGAAGAAGAAUCAGCUCAUUGCAUAUGUUUUAUGUUUAUCAAUUGGUCUUUUGUUUGAUUAGAUUCAAAUAAUAUAGGAUGUAGGAAAAUAGAUCCAAAUAUUGGACAAGCUCUAGAAUACUCUAAAACUAUUAGUAUAUUUUUCUGGGUAUAUUCUAUAUUCUAUGGCCCCAUUUCUUAUUGGUUAUUGCUAUUUAUAUUUUGUCGAUAUUCGUGCAUAUUCCGUUGUAUUCUUUUCCUCCUUUAAUAUUAUCUGUGUAAA